GACUGUCGGGAGCGCGCGCGGCGGCGGCGGCGGCUGGAGAGGGAGAGACGGAGACGGGGAGGAGGAGGAGGGAAAGAUCAGGGGCUAGCGGUGAUUGCGGAGCCGGGGGGAUUUUAUCCUGGAACUUACUCCUUCGGAUAAAGAAGGUCGUUGUCGGGACGGGGAGAGGAUCGGGGCAGUGCUGGUGGAGGGAAGGCGCCGCUCCGAUGCUGCCUGAGCUGCUGAGUAUUUCUGCAUUUUCUGUUUACCUUAUUGUGCACUGUGUUGUGAUCUGGAAUACAUGAAAAAGUGACAGAAGCAGAUGCAAUAAUAACUUUCAAAAGGAUAGUUAACCAGCAAAGUAAAGAAUAAUUAAAAGAAGCCAACUUCUUGUCGUCGUCCUUUUCUCCUGAUCUGAUUCCAAAGAUCAUAUACAUUUGCAACUGGAGAGUUGAGGGAACUGUAACAACUGCAGAAAUGACUGUCCACAGCAUUGCAAUUCCAGUUUUUGGAACAUACGUACUACUGAUUCUACAGAUUCAAGGUCAGAAUCCUGACAACAUGCUAAUGGGAACGGGCAUGAAGACAAACGGUGUUACAGUGGCACCUGAAGACGCAGAGCCAAGGCUUCAUUGUUAUUGUUCUGGUCACUGUGCAACAGAGGAAGGCAACAAUACCUGCAAAACAAAUGGAAAUUGUUUUGCCAUCAUUGAAGAGGAUGAAAAUGGAGAAGUUACCCUUGGCUCUGGCUGCAUGAGGUUAGAAGGAGCAGAUUUCCAGUGCAAGGAUUCAACAAAAGUAAGAAAACGGAGAACAAUUGAAUGCUGCAAGACGGACUUUUGUAACAAGGAUUUACGUCCAACACUUACUCCAAUUACUAAUACAGAUGGACUGUUUGAAGGUGACGUCCACCGGCUGGGCCUGUUAAUCUCUCUGAUUGUCUGCAUCUUUGUGCUGAUUAUAAUCACAACUGCUUUCUACUUCAGGUACAAAGGGCAGGCAGAUAGACGGCGUUACAACCGAGAUCUUGAGCAGGAUGUGGCCUUUAUUCCACCAGGCGAGUCACUGAAAGACCUAAUUGAUCAGUCACAGAGCUCGGGGAGUGGAUCUGGACUCCCUCUAUUGGUGCAACGUACAAUUGCGAAGCAGAUUCAGAUGGUUCGGCUAGUGGGGAAAGGCCGCUAUGGUGAAGUAUGGAUGGGGAGAUGGCGUGGUGAAAAGGUGGCAGUAAAGGUGUUCCCUUCUGCAGAAGAAGCCAGCUGGUUCCGUGAGACUGAGAUCUACCAGACAGUGCUAAUGCGACAUGAAAGUAUUUUAGGAUUUAUUGCUGCAGAUAUUGAAAGCAAAGGUUCUUCGACAUGGCUGUACCUGAUUACAGAUUACCACGAGAAUGGCUCACUGUAUGACUACCUGAAGUGCACAGUGCUCGAUACCAAGGCCCUACUGAAGUUGGCUUACUCUGCUGCCAGUGGGCUCUGUCACCUCCACACAGAAAUCUAUGGUACACAAGGCAAGCCUGCUAUUGCACAUCGUGACUUAAAGAGCAAAAACAUCCUGGUGAAAAAGAAUGGAACCUGCACUAUUGCUGACCUUGGUCUAACUGUGAAAUUCAACAGUGACACAAAUGAGGUUGAUAUCCCACUGAAUACCCGAGUGGGAACUAAACGAUACAUGGCACCCGAGGUACUAGAUGAGAGCCUCAACAAGAACCAAUUCCAGGCUUAUUUGAUGGCAGAUAUAUACAGCUUUGGCCUGGUGAUUUGGGAAAUGUCACGUCGCUGUCUUACAGGAGGUAUUGUAGAGGAUUACCAAUUGCCAUAUUAUGACAUGGUGCCAAACGACCCCUCUUAUGAAGAUAUGAGGGAAGUGGUGUGUGUUAAAUGCCUCCGUCCAACAGUUUCUAACAGGUGGAACAGUGAUGAGUGUUUAAGGGCAGUCCUGAAGUUGAUGUCAGAAUGUUGGGCCCAUAAUCCUGCCUCUCGGUUGACCGCACUAAGAGUGAAGAAAACACUUGCCAAAAUGGUGGAAUCUCAAGACAUCAAGAUCUGAUCAAGCCACUCAACAGCUGAUAUUAUUGCUCCAGAGGAGCAGGGACAUCUGGUGUGUGAUCAGAGGGCUAGGCAUUGGUUUGCCCCAAACCCUUCUUCACACCAUUCUAGACAGGCUGCUAAUAAUGAUCUUUUGAAUUCAGGAGUGUUUCAUGCAUGGCAUACGUGUGAGAAGAACAGACUUCUGAUAACAAGCUUCCAUGCCAUACUUCACAACGGACAGCAAAAUGUUUUAAUGAUACAUGACUAAAUUGAUGCAGUUGGAGCAUCUUAAACUUCCUUGGGUUUCUACGUAACGCUGACUUCUUUGUGCUCUGCAACCCAGAGUGGAAUGUUGAUAGCUGGCCCUUUGUGAACCCUAAGAAUGGUGUCUCACAGCCAGGAGAUGGUGCUUUCUGUGAAAGCCUCAAUCUGAAUGAUUUUGCAAAACUAUUGCUGGGAUUUUAAUAGUUGCUUUUCAUCUAUCUGUCAAUAGGGUCUGCCUGGUUCUCUCUCGGGCUCUAAGGGCAUGACAGUUGCCUCCCAUUUCCGCCCCAAAGUCUUGUUGAAUUGGCUGGUCUUUUGUGCAUUUGCAAGAACUUUAAGAAUGCUCACUUCACAGAGUGGACUUCUGCUGGUGCCAGGCAUGAAAUGCAAUGGUGAGGUUUCCUCUCUGUAUCUGGAACGCUAUAUUCACAGCUAGCUCCACUACCCAGGUUGCACAUUGGAGGCUACAGACUCAGGACUCAUUACUUCCUUGAAACACAUAUUCUCUUUUUAACUCUUGUUCCAUUACUCCUUUUAUCCUUAAUCAUCUACUUGCCUUCUCUCUAUCAACAGAGUAAGCAGCAGGGAGAGCCUUGAAUUUGAUGAUUUCUGUUAGCUGGCAAAAUUCUUUUAAAACUUAGGUCAACUUUGUAAUGAGUAGAAUGGUACUUUUUAGGAAAUAAACACCCACUCCCAGUUUUGUUAAUUAUAUUCUUCCAGUUUUCCAUUGGGUAAUAAUGGUGACCCUCUGGAUAAAGCAUCAUAUCCUAGUUUAUUUUCCAUUAUUUGAAUCUGAAAGCAAUGAGUAUUAGUGGAGUUCCAUUUUAGGCUGCAGAAUAUCGCUUGUCUCUGAGAAUCUUUCAUGCAAAGUCUGGCAUCACUGAGAGAUUCUGCUAUUACUCUAUUGGUAGUAGGAUGGAUGUCUGAAUUACAGCUGUAUUCUGCUCGGAUGCAUAGGGAGGGAGAUUGCUGUUCCAUUUUAACAAUUCUUAUUUUUGAUAAGAAACUCUGCAUCUUUUAAAGGACUUUCAGCUGAGGUAAUGUGUUUUGCCGCCAUUCUUUACAUUUGUGCCAGUAUUCAUCCGGUUUAAGUUCUGUUUCAAAAAGUUACCACGAACUUGUAUUUAUUUUUAUGAGGAUGAAUUAUCACUGUUAAGGAUUCUGAGCAAUCCUGCUGGUCCCCAUAUCUGCAUUUAAAUGCUCAGUGUUUGUCUUCGUUCCAUACCAAUAGCGACUGUCAGAAGGAGUGAGCUUCACUGCGUUCCAGGAGAAAACACUCGAAGCUGUGAAGUGUUGGUUCAUUUAAAAUAAUGUAUUGUCAAUUCAUUUGAGUAAUUCCAAAGCAUAUUCAUGUAUUUAGUAAUCCUAUUAAUAGUGGCUGUCUAAUGUGCCAGGUUCUUGGAUGCCUCAGUCUUGUAAAUGUUAUGUAACAUAAUGUUUAUAUUUUGUGUAGUAAGGCUGAUGAUAUCUUGCAAGCUUUUCUUGUAAAUCUGAUAGCCAAAGUAGGGCUUGAAGCUUUUUUUCCCUGGCAAGAGGGAUGUUGAAGAUACAGUGCAAUCCAUUCAUAUAAACAGGAUUGAUUUUGUUACAUACCAUGCAGAGUUAUACAUCUGCGUUCCUUGGUUCUCAUGUUUGACUUGAAUUUGAAAGAUACAGUAUCAUGUUGAAUGUUUAUUAUUCAUUUAUCAUCUACAGCCCAAUUAAUAUUGUGAUAUGCUUUGGCCCUGACUUGUGAUGCGUUGUACCAGAUGUGAUCCAUUUUUGCCCAUGAGCACGAAAGGCCCACGACAUUAUUAGUGCAUUUUAUUCUUGCAUUUGAGAUUUGCAAAUGGGUUCCUUUUCGGGAACAUUCAUUCAAAUAGUUUUUAUCAUUUUUAAUGCUACAGGAAUUCAUCAACUGCUGAAACUUUUUAAACUCUGUAGAAUGAAUGAUUGGAAUAAAGAUGAAUAACACUACCGAUCCCUGCCAGCAUUCUGCACCCACUGAUCAUUUAUUAUUUUAAUACAGAUUACUGUCUUCUCGACUUCCCUUUCUUAAAACAUCAUCUCAAUUCAUAGUGGAGCUGGAGGUAGUUAGAGAACAGUAUUUUUGUAAUGGAAAUACAAAAUGCCAAGUAAAUCUGGAAGGUGGGGGUGAGACCAGAAACUCCAGUCCACUUCUGUUAAAGAUACUCCUAUCUUUCAAAUGAAGUCAUGUGAAUCAGGGAGUUGUUUCAAAGAAAGUGUUUUUAAUGAUUGUGCCUUUUUUUUGUUAAAUCAGCCUGCCUUUAUUUUAUUUAAAGAAAAGGAAGGGAGACUUGCCAGUUCAGUGUGUCAUCCACAAAUGUCUCAUUGCAGCGUAGACAAAAUGACAUCAGAAUAUUUUGAAAUCAUUUAGUCAGCAUAUUUGUACAUAGCAAAUGGACAGACAACAAAGGGUUAAAGAAGUGAUGUUACUCUAAUGUUUAUGUCAUUGCAAGUCAAACAAAAUGAUCGCAUUAAACUAAGCAUAAAGACUUAUAAACCUAUUUUGUACAGCAUCUGGUAAAAGGUGCCUUAUUACGUUUACCACAGAUUACUUUGCAAGAGGUACAUCGUGUACACAGAUUAUGUCCUGUAUCUGAAUAUUAAGUAAAUAACAUUAUUUUAGUACACAGUUGCUCUGUUGGCUAUACUUAUUUGUUUUCCUUCCCUUUGCUAGUUGAAGUCAAGGUGCACUUACUGCAUAACUACUGCAGGGUGUGUGGAUAUCAGUCCUGACUGAAAGAUUUGCUGUGAUAUCCAUGACACAUCUUUUGCCGAGUUCAGCAGUGUGAAUGAAAAGAUGAACUAAUCUAAAAAUCUGGGGUCAACUUAAAAAAGAAUGACUAAUAUUAGUGAUUUUGUUUUACUUACCAGCUGUUCUGUAGGACUUGUUUAACUGCUGCAGUUUUAGAGUUCUUACUUUAAAAAAGUACUAUUUAUUGUUAAAUCCUUCCCCACUUAGUGAUAUUAUUUCAUCUUGCUGAGCUGGUUGUUCUUCAGAUACAGACAUAUAGUUCAACUCGGGCUUUUCAAUUAGCUAACACCUUAGCAACAAACCUAUUUUUUACACAACUGUACAAUCUGUUCAUUCCUAUAUAUUAUGUAACCCUCUUUACUUUCUUGAAAAUAUUCUGGUAGAAAUGUCCUUUCUAGAUACUUCCAAACUGCAUGAAGCGGAACUUCAAAACCAUAUAAUGUCAUGUUAUGAUUUAUUUGGAAAGUUUAUAUGCUAAAUACACCCUCAAAAUUAUUCUCUUUUUGUGAUACUUUCUACAUUCUCAACUCUGAAAUCUCUUAUGGUCUGUUUUCCAUCUAAUUACUUUCACCAAUCUCAUCUUCAGAUUAUGUAUCUCUUUGAAUAACCCUUUGAUUUUGUAUUAAAGCUUUACUGGCCCAAUAUAGUUGCACUGCUUAUCUAACUGCAGUUUAAAUUAGGUCAAAUCUGAUCUGUUGAACUUGCCUCCAUGUUAAAUCCUUCUUUUGAAACUAGUGGGGAAACUUGUUGACCAGUUUGGUCCACUUCAGAUAUGCAUUGGAAGCUGUGGCUGCUUUCAUUUUUGCACAGAACUCCCAGCUAUGAGCCUCUGCUUUUCACCAUAGAAUAUUGAUUUGUUAUUAGUUUGUCUUACUGAUUGGUGUUUCACACUGGAUUUAAAAUAAUGCUGAAUAAUUGAUUUAAAACAAAUUAUUUUGCAGAUGGGAAAUCAUGAAUUCCAUACAUGGCUGUCAAUCCAACCAUCCUUCCUCACUGAAUGAGAGAUAAAAGUAGCACUAAAUUGUUUAUCAACCGGAUAGUCUGAGUGAACCACGACACCCUUUGCAUGAGUGGGAAACAACACUUCAAUCCAAAGCACCAGCCUACUAGUACUGCACCAUACCAAUUGGUUCUCCUCUCAGUCACUUAAAUUCCUGGGAAAGGCAGGGGGUAAAAAAAAAUGCAAAUUUAGCUAAAACAUUACUGGGGAACUAAGGAACAGUCAAUGUUGGAUCAAGCCACCAAUUAUUAUUUUCUUAGUUAGGCAGUAUAACAUUUUCUGCUUCAGUUUAAAGAAAUGCAUUUGAUCUCUUAUUAGAAUUUAAUGUAAAUAAAUAGGGGGAACAAAUGAUGCAUUGAUCAGAUUUGAAGGUGGUUUGUAAUUGGAAGUGUUUACUUAUAAGGUAUACAGAGAUCGGUAGGAGGAAAUCUAAAUGAAUUUCAUCCAUUAUCAAGCAUUCUGAGACAGGAACCUAAGAUAUAUUGUCGUAUAUAAUUUAUCGGAGUAUAAGAUGCAUUGGCAGUAAAAGCAGACCACAUUAACACAAUGUGGAUUUCUCCACAAAUAUCAUGUUGAUUGUGUGAACAGAAUUCACCAUUUAUUACUAUAAUUAUCCAAAUUUGUAUAGUAUCCCAACCAACUGUUGUGCAUCCAAUGGAGAUGCAUUUAUGGGAAAGUGGAAACGUGCAACCAUGGACUACUUCUGUCUGUAAGACCUGGGCAAAGUCUGUAGUGAGCGAGCACUUGCUGAAGAGUGUCAUUUCUGAAGAGGAAGCUUCCUAAUAGUGACUUCCAUUCAACUUGCUUCAUUU